AGUGUUGUUUUUAUGUUUAAUAAAUAAAUAAUCAAAACUGUUUAAACUCCACCGUUUCCUUUCUGGUAUUUACGGGAGCGCGCACCCAACGACUUCCUUUCCGGUCUGACCCAACAACAUGGAUGCCAGCCGCGUGCAACCGAUCAAGCUCGCAAGAGUCACCAAAGUGCUCGGGAGAACUGGUUCCCAGGGACAAUGCACACAGGUCCGUGUGGAGUUCAUGGAUGACAGCAACCGCUCCAUCAUCAGGAACGUGAAGGGCCCAGUCAGAGAGGGAGAUGUGCUGACACUUCUGGAGUCUGAAAGAGAAGCCCGCAGGUUGCGAUAGAGUGGCCAUUGAAGCUGAGAUGGACGUUUGAUAUCACCAAGUCCAAGAUGCAUCAGCUCACCGGCUCCUGUUCACGUGUUUGAAAUAAAGUUUGAAAAUGUUUCUGA